GUAUUGUGAUCCGUGAAGCAGGUCGGGCUCUUCCCGCUAUUUUGUAUCUGACGAGUUAGCUUAGCUAGUGUUAGCGGGCAACAGUUAAAUCACUUCAUGAGGCGUUAGUAGUCAAAAUACGAUCACCGCAAUUCAAUAAAUCAUCGGAUGUAAUCGAUAGCACCGAGUGGUUUGCAACACAAGCGCUCCAGUGGCGUUAGCUUCAAUGCUAACGUGGCUGCUUCCUCGACCAGCGACAAACCUUCCGCAGCAGAAAAUGGCAAAGAACGAAUCUGAGGAGAUGAUCGAGAUUGAGAUUGAUGAGCGGGAGAAACAGCAGUGCUUGGAGGAAGGCGUGGAAGAGCACACCAUCACUGCAUCAGACAUGAUCCAGCAGGACAUUGACAUCAACGAGCCCAUCGGAAACCUGAAGAAGCUUCUGGAGCCUCGGAUUCAGAUGGUUCUGGAUGCGUACGAGAUCUGCCUGCAAGACAUUCAGCUGCAUCCGGACCACAGCCUCUUUGAUCAGGGGGUGAAGACCGAUGGCACGGUGCAGCUCAGCCUGCAGAUUGUCACCAAGCCUGGCGAGGAGAAGCUGAACAUCCUGGAGAUUGUGAAGCCGGUGGAAACAGUGGAGGUGGUGAUUGAUCCUGAUGCGGCGGGGGAAGAGGGCGCGGUGGUGGAGGAGGGUCAGCUCAUCGCCGUGGAGCGAUCGGGUCUGUCUGACGAAACCUCGGAGCAGGUGACGCGCUGGGCGGCAGCGCUCGAAGGCUACCGCAAGGAACAGGUCCGCCUCGGCAUUCCGUACGACCCAAUGGUCUGGACCGCCGACCAGGUGAUCCACUGGGCCGUGUGGGUGAUGAAGGAGUUCAACAUCGAGGAGAUGGAAAUUGGGAGCAUUCACAUUCCGGGAUCGGAACUCUGCUCCUUCUCCCAGGAAGAAUUCCUGCAGAAAGUUCCCAACGGAGAAAUUCUGUGGAGCCACCUGGAGCUGCUGCGCAAGUAUGUUCUGGCGAGUCAGGACCAGUCCGGAAGUGACGCCACGGUCACCAUCGAUCAGCCUGUGCAGAUCAUCCCAGCUCAGGUCAGCACUCCCACCGCCAUCAAAGUCAUGAAGCAGAAGGGUCCCAGAGCGCCGCGCAUUUCCGGAGAGGAGCGCAGCUCACCUGGCAACCGCACAGGCAACAACGGGCAGAUCCAGUUGUGGCAGUUCCUGCUGGAGCUGCUGACCGACAAGGACGCCAGGGACUGCAUCUCCUGGGUGGGGGAGGAGGGCGAGUUCAAACUCAACCAGCCAGAACUGGUGGCGCAAAAAUGGGGUCAGCGCAAGAAUAAGCCGACGAUGAACUACGAGAAACUCAGCCGGGCGCUCAGGUAUUAUUACGACGGGGACAUGAUCAGCAAAGUCCAGGGGAAGAGAUUCGUCUACAAGUUUGUCUGCGACCUGCGGACGCUGAUCGGCUACACCGCCGCCGAGCUCAACGGUCUGGUGACGGAGUGCGAGCAGAAGAAAAUCACACGCAUGCAGAUGCACGGCCUGCCCCCCAACAUCACCACAGUCACGCUGGCCACCGCCACCUCACUGGACAAGGACAGUUGAGACAGCUCCAGCGGGACAAGGACAUUUAUUACCCCCCCGCCCCAUCAACUCCUGAGUGUCUUUUCAGUAGGAGGAGCUACAAGCAGGCGUGCGUGGACCACAUGUUAACUCUGUGCGAAUGAGCCUGAACGAAUGUGACUGAGUAGUCUAGAAGAAUCUCACUGUAAAUACCGAGCGUUCUGAUUUUGAUAGCCACAAGGCCAGGUGUAUUUUCAUAUUUUCCACUUAUAGAUGACCCGUUUUGUAUUCUAUUUAGUGUGUCUUCCCUCAGUUGUUGGACGUUACUUUUGUCCACUUGGGAGAAUAAAGUGGGAAGCAUUUUUUA